AUGGAUAUGUCAGGUGCUAACUCACUAAACAUGAGGCCGCUGUUUAGUGGAUACCCGUUUCAAGGUCAAGGCCGCGUCAAUCAACUUGGCGGUGUGUUUAUUAAUGGACGACCUUUGCCAAACCAUAUUCGGUUAAAAAUCGUCGAAAUGGCUGCUUCCGGAGUGCGACCUUGUGUGAUUUCACGCCAACUUCGUGUUUCCCAUGGGUGUGUGUCUAAGAUUUUGAAUCGUUAUCAGGAAACUGGUUCUAUUCGUCCUGGUGUAAUUGGUGGCUCGAAACCAAAAGUAGCCACUCCGGAAGUAGAAGCACGUAUAGAAGACAUGAAGAAAAUGAAUCCUGGUAUUUUUAGCUGGGAGAUACGUGAAAAGCUUAUUAAGACGACCAGCUUGGACGACCCCUCCGAUAAUAGAUAUUCUAGUCGACUAGGAUCUGACGUGGGCUACCGGCAGGAAGGAGUGACAGAUCCCCCCAGCGUUUCUUCAAUAAGCCGGCUCUUGAGAGGAGGCGGUGUAGAAGCAGGGCGAAAAGAUGACGAUGGUCGAAAAGAUUACAGUAUUCAUGGAAUUCUAGGUGGUCGUGGAUCCGAUUCAAGUGACACCGAGUCGGAACCUGGAAUACUAUUGAAGCGGAAACAGCGGCGAUCGAGGACCACCUUCACGGGUGAGCAGCUGGAGGCACUAGAAAAGGCGUUUCAGCGGACGCAAUACCCAGACGUCUACACACGGGAAGAACUAGCUUCGACAACUAACCUCACCGAAGCACGAAUUCAGGUAUGGUUUAGCAAUCGUCGAGCUCGACUUCGAAAACACGCUGGAGCGCAAAUGUCUACUCCGCUGACAAGUCUAGGCACACUGCCUAUGUCACAGUAUCACCCUGGAGUGGCUUCGAACGAUUCCUACCAAAUGGCGGCAGCAGCUAACUAUGAGUUUGUUACACAAAAUUCGUCGAGUUUUUCGUCGAGUCACUUCCAGCAUGGACACUUCGGAGGACAAAACUUUUCUACCAACCACAUGGGCUUCCACCAAAACAAUCAAGAUUUCCUUCCAUCGGAAUAUACCAAAAUGAUGAGUGAAGAAUACAUCAAACCUGCGCAUGAGAAUUCAGCUUCCAUUAAGUUGAGCCCCCCGGCUACCCAAGCUGAAAAUUACAUUAAGGUUCCCCCCACCGCUCCGGUUGUUACACCCAUCACGGCACAGGAAACUCCUUGGAGUCAGUCGUAUCCUCCACAUCAUCCAGGACAAGCAUAUGCCACAAACUUGGUAGGUUGCCCACCAUCUGUGAACACCGGCACCACUGUCGAUUAUCAUUCAAUGCAACAAGCUCCUGCAUCUUAUCCUAAUAAAUACUGGUCCUGA